UUUACUGUCUUCCUUUUUCCUAAGGGAUAUAAUAUACAUGUUCUAUGAUCGUCACCUAUGCUCAGUUUGUGCUAAAUGCUAAAAGAUAGGUAUUGGCUAAAUCCUAACCUCAAGUAAAAGUGAAACGUAAAUGACACUGAAAUGGAUGAAGAACCUCAAUCUCCCGAGAUUGAUCCAGGAGAGCCAGGGUUAAACUUGGAACCUAGAAUUACUAACAGAGCUCAGGGUGGUGUAAGAAGUGACAAGACCAGAUUUAUAAGACCUGUAGAAAGGCAACGUAUGAGACCAUGGCUUAUUGAUCAUCUUGAUCAAAAUGAUAUACCUGGGUUAGUAUGGCAGGAUCAAAAUGAAAAGAUAUUCCGUAUAUCGUGGAAACAUGCUGCCAACCAGUGCUUUAACAUGCAAAAGGAUACCAACCUGUUUGAGAGAUGGGCUAUACACACUGGACGCCACCAAGAUUCUGAUCAUAAAAGAUGGAAGGCAAAUUUCCGUUGUGCAUUAAACAGUCUGCCUGAUGUAACUGAGAUGAAAGAGCAGGGAGUGAAGAAGGGUAACAAUGCCUUCAAAGUCUACAGAUUCUUGGAUGAAAAAGAGGCCAAAAUAGGCAAAGACGGAAAAACACGGAAAAAGAAAGAGCCUCCAGAGUACAAAGAAGAAAGUCCUCUUGUGAAAUUUAGAGAAGGUUUUGUGGUGUCAUGCAACACUGGAGAAGCAGGGACAUCAUCAGGUGCUAGUGGAGCUACUGGUUCCAGUCUUCCUGACCUGCAUCAGCUGGUUCCACCAGUAUCGGGUGUAGAUCUGCUGCUGGAAGCCGACUCCAAGGAGAAACUACAGCCUAUAGUUGGUGGGAUGGAUAACUUACAGGAAAUACUGGCAGCAGCAACUGCAUCUCUCGCUGCUGGUGGGGAUGCUCUUGCCUUAGAGAAGAUCUCAAUAGAGCAGCUGAGUCGUUUGGGUGAGGUAUCCAAGAUGAAGCUGGAUAUAAGACAGAGUGACAGAAAAAGAAGGAAGAAAGAAGUUUCUGGAAUACUCAAUGUGUUUCUGUGUAAUUGGUGUGAGAAAGUGUUUCCUACAAAAGUGGACCUGUUCCAGCAUUUUCUGAUAAUACACCAGGACAAGCUGUUGUCAGGAGAAGAGUAUGGUGCCAGAAAACACACACAACCCACUGAGAAACUGCAGCAAGAGAUAGAGGACCUAGAAAAAAAAGUCCUUGGUUUUACACAGGAAACCUAUCAGAAUGAAUCCGAGGAGGUAAUUGAAGAUGGCCAAGUGGUUGAUUUAUCAUCAAACAAUUCAAUGACAAGCCAGGAAGUUUAUAUUGAGGAUCAAGUACUGGACCUGUCAGUGGCUGGAGCCCUUGCGAAACAUCCACAGCCACAGUCAGAAGUUGCGCUGGACCUUUCCAUGAGCACUUCUAAACAUAAGACUGGACAGAAAACAGCAACACCUAAGAUGGUUCAUAAACGCCGAAGAUCUAAUGCCUCAGAUGUAGACUAUGCAAACAAAUUUGGAAACUAUGGUCUAGCAGGUGCUCCUCGUACUAAACGCCAGAUGUCAUUACUAUUGAAACGAAAGGAAGAGGAGGAAGAAAAGGCAAGAAAGCAUGCUGAAGCUCAGCAUUCUAUGGAAGAUUUAGUCCAUGCAGAAAUACUUAUUUCAUUGAAAAGUGGAUCAAAGGAUGAAAAUGAAACAGAAAACAUGGAACUUGAAAAUGGUGUUGAAAAUGUGCACACAGCUGAAGGUGAUUCCAUUGUUCCAACAGAAACAGAGAAAGAAGAAAAUGUGGAAAAUGAGCUUACUAAACAAGGUGGUUCAGAAGUAGAAGGUGAACAGGUUAAACAGAAAAUGGAUGAUCAGGCAGAGGAAGUAGAAGAAGUUGCUUCUUUGGAAAACGUAGUUUAUUUGGAACUGAAUGAUGGCAGCAAAGUAGCUGUUUCUAAACAAAUAGAAAUACCGCAUGUAGAAACAGAGAAAGAGAAGACUGCUGAUAGUGAAGUAAACAGUAAGAAGAAUGUACCUGUGCUUGUUAACAGUAAUGAAAAAGCAGAAACUGUUAAUGUUACCAAGCACGACCAGAAUGGAAGUUUAGGAAAACCAUAUAAAUGUGCUUUAUGUCCCCAGAGAUUUGAGGAUCCAACAGAAUUGUUAACACAUGUAUCAGUUCACAAAACAGAAUACAAAUGUUCAGUUUGUACAAAAGUUAUGACAGACAAAAAUGUUUACUUAAGCCAUAUCGAAUCACAUCUGCCAGAUGUAAAUCAUGGUCAGAUUUGUGAGGUAUGCAAUGUACACUUCUCAACAGUGGAAGAGCUACAGACACAUGUUAAAAGUCAUGAAUCUGGGACGAAGAUGUACAAGUGUGGAAAUUGUGGCAAAACUUACCUUACAGUCAAUGAAUGUAAGAAUUGUGAAAUAUGUCAUCAAAUAAAAGUAACAGAUGUACCAUCAGAUAGAAAGUUAACCAGUUCUCCUUUAGUUGAAUUGAAAGACAUAGAUAAAGGUUCUGAUAAAACAGCCACUGCUUCAACUAAAAUUAGUGAAACAGUUAAUGAAAAGGGUGCAGCAGAUGCAAGUGUUGUUAGUGAAAAUGAUUUAGAUGCAGAAAAGAAGGAUGAGUUAGAUAAAAAAUUUAAGAAUACCGGUCAAAAAAACUUGAAAGGUGAACCAGUGGUAAACCCGGCCACUGGUUCAGAUAACCUUACGGGCAUAGAAAAUGUAAUAUUAAGGAAAGACGAUACUGAUUUAGGAAAGCAGCCAGAUGUAUCAAGAAAGUGCUCUACACAAGAAUCAUUUGAAUUACCAGUUGAUUGUUUACAAGAUACAGAGAAUGUUGUUCAACAGAGGGACACCAGGAAUGACGUGGUAGAUGGAGAAAAUCAAGGAAGUAUACAUAAACAGCAAGACCUUUUGUUUGAGAAGUUUGCAGAGAAUGAUCAUGAAAGGGACAAAAUCAUCAAAGAAAAACCUAAAGCAAAGGAAGAUAAAAUCUAUAAGCAAUCAAGUUCUUUCCACAGAAUUCCUAAGUCAUUCAGUGAUCAUGUAGAGUUUACAAUAAUUAGGGCUGAACCAGCUACUGCUGCUAAAGGAUUAAUAAGUGAAGUAAAAGUAAAUGCUGAAAUACGCGUGUCAGAGAAACAUUUUGGAAAGAAAAUUUCUCAGAAGAUCUUAAAGUGUAGACAGUGUUCAGAAACAUUUGGAAAUGAAGCAGAUCUGAAUAUUCAUAAACUAUCUCAUAAGGAAACGAUAGAAGAUAAAAUCAGAAAGAAUGUUUUUCACUGUGGAAUUUGUGAUGUAAAACUUCAUUUAAAUGAUGUUGAAGCACAUCUAAAGACUCAUAAGUCCUGUCAGACAGGGAGAAAGAUUGAUGUGAAAGUAAAAGAUGAAUGUACUUGUAUUAUUUGCAACCAACCUGUUCCUUUUAACAGAUUUUACACACAUUUAAAGUCACAUUCAGUUUAUGAUCUUUCUCAAGCCCAGAACUUCAUGCUUGUAGAAAAAGAUUUGGCACAAAAAGCUGGAACAGUCAAAGGUAGAAAGCCGUUCAUUUGUAACCUGUGUGGGUUUAAAUUUGAAACAUUUUCAGAUCUGAAAGUUCAUGUUAAAACUCACCUUGGUCCAAGAAUUGUCCAAGCUGAAGAUACAAAGCCUGUCAUUGGUGAGCAGAAGCCUGCUGUGUUAGCAAUUAGAAAACGACCAAGUGAAGACACUCCUGUAGUAGGCAAGAAAAGGAAGGACUCUGAUGAGAAAAGGAUCACAGGUAAACGUCCAAAGAAGAAAGGAAAGGUUAAACUUAAAAUAGCUAAGGUAAAAAAAGAAACUGUUAUUGAAAAAGUGAAAACAGAAAAUAACACAGAUAAAAGCACUAAAUCUUCUCCAGUAAUUGCUGCUGCCUUACAAAGUGGACCUAAAUAUAAUAUAAGCACUAUAGCAACAGGUAAAUCAAAGGAUUCAACUAAAGAAGAGGAAGCAAAACUAGGUUUAGAUGAGAUAAAAGAAGUCACUGAUUCUUCAAUAGCAGAGGUGAUUCAGCUUGAAAAGGCAACACUUUUAGUACUGAAAAGUGGGGAAGUUAUUAUGAGAGGAGAGGAAGAUAAAGAAGGGCAGAAAGUAAUAAAAAGAAAAAGAAAAACACAGUUGGAUUCAGACUCACAGAAAAAACUAAGAUUGGUUGAAGGUUUAUCAGAGCAUCCAGAUUUGGUACAGGACAAUAUAUCUGAUAAAACAAUUGAGUGUAAUAUCGAAAAUAAGAUGGACUGCUCGAAAGAUGAUGCAUCCGAGUCUCAUAAUACAGCGGAGAAUUCCAGAACAGGUGUUAAAGAGUUGAAAAGUUUAGAUGCAAAUACUUCAUCACCAGUCAUGGAGACUCUGCAGCAAAUGCUGCUUCUGAAACAAGGAUCGACUGGUGAAUCAUUAGAGAAAAGUUUAGCAACAUCUUUAUUGGAUACAAGCAAUUUAGGAGGAAAUGUUUUACCUGCAACAUUGCACAGACUUCAACAAAAGAUAUUACUUGUUAAGGAGAGACCAGUCAAGGUAACUACGCCAGUCUUUGGUCCUAUUCCUGUCACAGGUGUGACCAAUCAACAAGAGGUCCUAGCUACAAAUAGACCAGUGUCUUGCCCGACAGACUGCAUAAACACAAUAUCUCUAUCUGAGAAAAAGAAUGUAACAAAAGCCUCGGUGAUUUCUGCUUCCACCCAUGCUGCAGAAACAGUCAAAGAAACAGCAGUGAAACAACCGGUCCCUGUGAACAUUGUAAAAAAUCUUUGUCAUAAGAUACCUGCAGACCCCUUACAUCAGUCUGUUCUAAAGUCAAAAACAGUAAAUACACAAGCUCACUCAAAAACUUGUGUGAUACAGCAUGAAAAUGAUAACAGAAUGCUGUUGACACCUGCAAAUAUUUCAGUUACCUCGUCUGGAAUAAGUUUACCUACUGUCAGAAGUGUAUCGAUUAAGUCCACAAGUACUCCAUCAGUCAGUACACCACUACUUCUUUCAUCUGCUGUUCCUUCAGCUAAUAUUUUGAAUUUGUCUGCAGCACUAGCUGCUACACAAGUACCUGGAGCAGUGUCACAUGCUAGCAAACUGAAAUCUUCUGUACCAGUCUUAGCUGGUAACAUUCAGCAACUGCAGUCUUCUGUCGCAGUUGUUGGUGCUCCAACUUCGUCAUCUACUGCUCAGUCCAUUUGUUUAACCGUUGGAUCAUUGCAGAAUCAGUCUAAAGUUUUUCCUGGAGUUGCUUCGAAUAUACCAGUAGCUUCAGUUGAUUCUAAAAACACAAUGAUAGGAAGUGCAGUAAAUAUGACUGCAAGUACAGCACCAAACAUUUCAACAAACCUGACAUUAUUGCAACAGCAACAACAAUUGAAUAUGCUAAAAGUAAUGUUAGGAAGGGUUAAUCAACCAUCUGUAGUUUACAAGCCAGCAUUGACAUCAGUAAUGAUACCACAAGGUGGUUUACAGCAGGCAGUACCAGGUGUUGCACGAUUUCCUUCAUCAAAUAUAGUAUUUGCCCCUCAGCCAGUCAGUGCAUCUCAGACAACUGAUAAGUCAAAACCAUCUACCUUCCAGCUUGUGUGGUUGCCUGUGAAUCAAGCAGUGUCUUCAGAUAUUAACAAGGCAUCUGGUAGUGUUGCACCAUCUGUUACAGGAACUACUGCAGUAAGUCUAGGUGAUAGAAGACUACCUCUUCAGUCUACAGUUCUUGGAGCUAAAUUGGGAUACAGUGUUGAACAAACACAAAGUCAGUCUAGCAGUGGAACUUUGCCAAGCAUAAUAUCAUCUUCUGUGACUAUGCUUACUACAUCAUCAGUAAAUCAGAAUUCUAACCCAGUUCCUAUGUCAUCUCACAGGGCAUUUGGUAUUCCUCAGGCUAUUCCUAGUUCAAAGGAAAAUGACUCCUUCGUUAUACAGGUUUCAUCAGUGCCUACAGCACAAAGGUCGGAAGAUUCCAAACUUGUAUCAAAAGUCACAGCUCUUUCAGAUUUUAAAAGUCCAACAACUACCUCAAACAGUAGUUCAGCAGCAGUGAAAUCAGAACGUCUUUGUUUAGCAUGUGCUGUUUGCAAGCAGUCACUGAGUUCAUUAGAACAAAUGUCCACUCAUGUUUGUAACUUGCCAGCUGAUACUCAAACGGGUCAAAAGUUAAUGUCACUGACAAGAUUAAACAAACCUGGGACACUAACAGAUACUCCACCAAACAGUUUUGCAUCUGACAGAGCAGCUAAUGCAGCCACUACUACAGGGUUGGUCAGUCCAGAUAUGCUCCACGCAUCAAACUGUCUAGAAAGAAUCUCACCGCCACAGGGUUCAUCAACAACAAAACACUCAACUCUUGUGUCUCUUAAGAUGAUGAAUACCGCACCAUCUACCAUACCAUUGACAACUGGAAGCUCAACAUUUGUGUCAACUGCUGCAGUUACAGCAAUCCCCUUGUUAUCUAGUCAAGGUUCAGGAACAGCAAAACCUGUUGGAGAGUUGCCUUUACCACAUGGUGAUGUGAUAAGAAUACCAGGGUAUGAGAUAGAUUCAUCAGCUCUUGGUAAGCAGAAUGUUUCUCAGAAAUCAGAGAUUCCACACACUGUCUACUUUCUUCCCACACAGAGCACUGAAUCUACCGCAGUCUCAACAAAAACAACAGUAAGUUCAACAUCAUCUUUGAAAGAAAUGACUACACCUGCAGCAGACUUAGUCACAAAUUCAGCAUUUAAUUUUCAAAUAGACACAUCAGCUAUAAGAGAAGAAAGUAAUGAUUUAGAAAAUGAACUUUCUGUUUCAAGCAGUAUGAACAAGGACAUUUCAAUGGUUCCUAGUGGUGAGCAAGACAAGGUGAUAUCAAUUAGCACACAUGGAACCUUACCAAAUGUUAUACUACCAAAGAUAUCAGAUGUAGGACAGGAAGUGAGUGCUCAAACACUGACAAACCUAUAUGGUUCGAAGGACAAAUUGUUGAGUGAUGUGCUUACAACAGAAGUUAGUGCUUCAUCAAGACCUAUAGUUGUGAAAACAACAGAGCAGAUAAUUACCUUGUAUCCAUGUGUGAUCUGUAAAAAAACGUUCACUUUUGAUCAGUUUUGGAAGCAUGCACAGAAACAUAUGACUGAAGAUGACAUUUCAGAAAAGGAGGUAUCAGAAGAUAAACAAACUCCAGCAACAGUUCAUACUAGUAAGAUAAAGGCAAAUGAUACAGAUCAAGAAGGGAAAGAUAUACAAGUAGAGAAAUAUUCGGAAACUUCACGGAAGAGUGACAUUUACAGAUGCUGCCUAUGUUUCACAACAUACGAUAAAGAAACUUCUCUUUCACAGCAUUAUGAAACCUCCCAUCCGUGCAUGGCUGAUCAUUUAUGCCCUGCAGAUAACUGUGCUCAAAUAUUUUUCGAGGUGCAGCAGUGUCACAUGCAUUAUGCAUUAAAGCAUCAGCACGAGUGCAGGUUUUGUUUGCAGAGGUUUCGAACAUACGUUGAAUUUCAGGCACAUAUAACACAGCAUUAUGAAAACAGAACUUUAAAAUAUCUGGUGUGUGUAAAAUGCAAGAUUCACUUUGCUAAUAGAAGGUCAUUUUACAGUCACUGCAGACCUUCAGCGUCUAGCAAAUGUCCAGGGUCCUUCAUGAAAAAACUCACCGUUUGUCAACAGUGUCGAUGUUGUUCUGUUAAUUUCACGAGUAAUGAAUGUAUGAAGUUGCAUUUUAAAAGGAAGUGGUAUCAGAGAGUAGCAUACAGGUGCUGUAUCUGUAGAGAGGCUCUCUCAGUUGAAGCAGAAUGUCUUAGUCAUAUGACCAGCCAUUUCCCAACUUCAGAUGACAACCAGGUCUGUUUUUGUCACACGUGUUGUAUUCUGUUCCCGUACAAGACAGUGCUGACACAUCAUAUGUCUUCAUCAGAACAUGUACGUGCUGAAACAUCGCAUCAGCGUCUGCUUGAUACGUAUAAGUUACGACAUGGAGGUCAUGGAAAUUUUAUAUCAUCUCAAAACAUAAAAAAGACGGUAGAGGAAGGUGAUCAGAACGUACAAGAUGAUAUUGAAAAACACGACAAAAACUCAGUAAUAACAGAAGUUGAGACGGGUGUAAUUAGAAAAGAUCAUGAAAAAAGAGAAAUCAGACUUUCCCAGGAUUUACAUACAUGUUCACAAUGUAACAUUUGCUUUAAAACAUUGUUUGAUUUGAAACAACAUAAUGUUUUCCGUCACAUCAGAAGAACACCUGAACUGAAGAAGAAUUACUACACAACAAAGUCAAAAGUUAGUUAUCACAAGAUCAUAGACAGCAAAAUUAUUGUCUGUGAAUUUUGUGGGAAGAGAUUUUUUAAUGUCAGUGAACUACGGCAGCAUAUCAACAUUUCUCAUGAAGAAAAGCUUUUCUUUGCGUGCAAGAAUCCAGACUGUAUCAUGAAUUUUAACAGUAUUUAUGAGUCAGAGACACACGUAUGUGAAAGUUUAGCAAAAGGGGUGGACACAACAGAAAACACAUGCAUGUUGAUGGAUGCUAGUCGGCCUUCUUUGAAGAAUAUGAAAGAAUAUAUGUUGCAGUAUUAUGUAGAAGAUUGUAAACAGUUGUUAGAUAAAGUUGCCAGUACGAUAGAAAUUGUUCAGGAUCAUCUUGGUGACCAUUUUGUAUGCCAGUAUUGUAACAAAAGGUUCCGUUAUUGCCAACAAAUGAAACUGCACCUGAUAAAUCAACAUGUAGAUAGAUUAGCACAGUGUGUAGACUGUCUAGAAUAUUUCUUUAAUCAGAAAAGUUUGUUGGAACACAGACGUGACUGCGCAGUGAAAGGAUUCUCUGACGAAGAUUUCCACACCAAAAAGAAAUUGCUAGGCUGUGAUGUAUGCUUUAACUCAUUCAUUUACAUCUUGGGACUGACAAAGUACUUACGUGAUAUUAAAUUCUUAUCUGAGAAAAAUAAAUCAAGCGGGUACAGGUGUAUUUCUAGAAAGGGUGUGUUUGAUUUGAAGUAUGACGGAGACUCGGGUGUAGAGGAGAGCAACUCAUUACCGUUCAGCUAUUCAAGAAAAUUUAUUUGCAUCAGUUGCAAAAAUGAAUACUGUAAUGCUGAAGACUUUUACAUUUGCAUGAAGUCAAGACUGACAGUAGAAAGGAACAAGCAGAAUGAAGUGUCGAGGCAAACAACUAGCCAAACUGAUGAAACCAAAGAAGAUACACCUGGGAACAGGGAUGUUGAAAGUAUGUCAUUGUUUGGAAAAUCACUUGUUGAUUUACAAAAUGUAUUUUUCUGCAAUGAAUGUGAAGUGUUUGUCUGUUACGAGGAUGGUGGAAUUUGUGCAGCUAGUUUGAAACAUCCUUGUAGUGGUAAUAAUACAAUUAUCUGAACCCAACUAAACCUCAAUUUGUGAAAUUAAGAUGGUCACGAUAUACAAGUCGGUAUCAUGUACUUAUACCAUUAUUGGUUUUAGCUGGGUAUGAGUCUUGUAUGGAAGAUAUGUGUUUGAAAAGAAGUUACCUGAAUGAGAAAUCAAGCAGUAAUGGGGCUUUAACGUGUACCAUAAUGGUAUUAUCAAGUGAUCAGACUGUAUUGUAUGAGAAAAGAUAAGAAUAUUUUGUUGACAGUCGCUGUAAGCUCACUCAUUAUUGCAACUCAGGUGUUCGAUCCUUAUCAAAAUGGAUGAAUAAAUAUAAUUUACACACCCUGUGGAAAAUUUCAAACAUUUUACCUGAAUCAUGUAAAAAAUACCUGCACUUCUUGUUUACGUAUUUCAUCAAAACUAACAAAGGAUAUAGAUGUGCAUACAUGAAUUUAAAGUGCUAUGUAUUUAGAUAACAUAGGUUGCCUUCAAUCUCAUUUAAAGAGAAUUCCUAUAGUUUUUUUCCUUUCAUAGAAUUUUUUAAAAUUCACAUAUAUGAUGGGAAAUUUUGUGCUGAAAACAAUGAACAAAUUAAAACAAUGGGUCACCAGGCUUGAUUUUGUGAAAAAUUGUUUUGAACACACCCACUGUUUUUAAAUUUUUUUAAUUCUUUCUAUAAUUUAAUACUAAAUAAUCAGAAAGGUGAUAUUUUCUUAUCAGUACUAAGUCAGUUGUCUUACAUUAUAUGAACAACCCUGUCUCUGUACUAAAAUGCGAUGUAAAAACACAACCACAAAAAUGGCAAUAUACCUGGCAGGCAUGAUACUUGUCAAUACAACAUAUACCAGUAUCAACAUUUUAUUACUGAUAAAACUUAUCAAAAAUGUUAUUUCAUUCAAGAUUACUCAUAUUUAAGGUUGUCUGUCACAUGUUUCAACAAAUAUUGACUUCAUUUCAGUUUUCCAUAGAAAGUGUCGGCUGCGCAGAAAGAUGCGCAUAAAAAACUAUAGGAAUUCCCUUUAAAACUGUUUAUUACUGUAUGGAAAUUACAUACCUUACAUAUGAAAUAUGAUUUCUGUUGUUAAUAAUAAGUAGUACGGCUUUACAGAAAUUCUGUGUUCAAUCAGCAGUGAAACUGAAACUGUACUGUCUGUUGUUGGUGCAUUUGGCAUUUUUGUGCUAUGUUUAUAAAUGCACAUGAAUGAUGUGUGUUAAAAAUUACUUGUGCCAUAUGUGCAGUUUGAACUUUCUUAUUGGCGAAAAAUCUUGUUUCUUUUCAAAGCUUACUUUUAAAAAGUAAAUAAAUUGUCUGCAUAAAUUUGUUAUUAUAAAAUAUAUUCUGCUAAGUCCUUAAUGAAUAUUGUAUCAAGAGUAUGAAUUUUGUGUGGUAAUUAGAGUAUUAGACAUUAGGACAGACCUAAAUGCGUUUAAAGAAUUUUCCUUUUUACUGAAGUACAUCUAAACACAAAAAGUAUGUUUCCUUUAUAUUAUUGUCUGUUAUUGUGCUACCUCAGCAUUUCUAAGCUGAUCAUUAAGUACCAAAUUUGGUUAACUUUAAAGUUUUAAACUUUUAGUUUGAUAUUUAAUGAGCCUGUAUAAAAUUAAUUGUAUACCAAGUAUACCUGUAUAUAUUUUCCACAUUUAAAAGUUACAGUAAUGUUCAAAAUCAGAACUUUAUUUCCUUAUGGAAUGAAAUAUAGGCCUCAGAAGUAUGAAGUGUGAUGCAUCAAGGAAGUCUGAUAAAUAAAUUUAAUGGAAAAGAGAAAGUGAAAUAACUUUAUUGGGCCAUUCCACGAAAAAACCUGCAUAAGUGACAAAAAUCAAAUUAUUAUAAUAAGAUAACCAGAUAUUCAUAAAGAACAUUCUUUUUCUUUUUAUAUCAGAAAAUUUAAAUAAAUCAAGAGUCACAUUGCUUUUUGAAUGUUGUCAAAUGUGUUUAGAGAGAGAUGUCAAGAACAAAGCGAAAGCAGUAUGACACAGUCAUUCUUGGCAUGUACAUUUCAUGUCAUUUAUGCGACAAAUAAUGUAUACUGGUACUGGUGAUAAACCCGGACAGAUGAUAAAGUCGACCACCUUGGAAAUAUUCGAUUGCAAGCGGUUAUUUAUAAAAUUGAACACACCAUCUAAUAGUUUCCACUUACAACACCAACUGGUGUAAACAAAAACAAAAUUGGUAAAUAUUCUGUAUAAAUAAAUGACUUACAUUUAUUUGUAUAAAAAAUAUUUAUCCAAAAUAACUGGGGAAGAAGGUGUUUUUUGCGCAUGCUCACUGUCGAAACAUGAAGGCCCGACAUUGGGUCACUUUUCAUUACUUGAUCAGGAAUGACUGUUGCAGCUUUUUGGGGAAAGUUUCAAUAUAAUAAUACGAAGAAAAUUUUGUAAAUGACAAAGUGGUCGAAUUUAUCAUCAGUCAACGUUCAUACAGUCCCCAUUUUACAAACCCCUUUCAGGGCCUCACUUCGUGUGAGUUUGCUUACUAAAUAUAAAAUUUGAAUUAUGCAAAGUUUUCAGCAAAUGUUAAGCUUUAUUUUGAUACCAACCAUUGAUUUCAAUUUGCAGAAAUAAAAAAGUUACAGGUAAAAAACCUCAUUUUCUGUUCGGGUUUAUCAUCAGUACCAGUAUCACUUAAUACUUGAAAUACAAUUGAAAGUGUAGAGACAGUUUGUAAACAUCUUUUACUGAAAAUAACUGAACCGUGUAUUUUUGGUAUCAUCACAGGCAUUUUAGCAAUAUACCUCUGCUUUCUUAGGAUGCAUGGAUGUUUCGAAAUUAUGGUUGUCAUGACAACACGAAUAACAUCUGUUUGUUAAUAAUCAUAAAAUUUGUAUUGUAUUUGGUUACUAAAUUACAAUAUCCUGGUUUCUAGUUUCUGCAUGAACACAAGAAAAAUCAGUGUUUUUUUCCAGUACUUUAAACUAAUUAUUGUGCAGUAAUUAUAUUAUGUCACUAUUAUAAUUAUUAAGCAAGUUUUCUCGUGGAACUGCCCAUAUAUAGGUGUUUGUUAGGAAUUUAAAAAAAAGGCUAGGUCAUAUGAGCCGUGCCAUGAGAAAACCAACAUAGUGGCUUUGCGACCAGCAUGGAUCCAGACCAGCCUGCGCAUCCGGGCAGUCUGGUCAGGCUCCAUGCUGUUUGCUUUUAAAGCCUACUACAAUUAAGGAAACCGUUAGCGAACAGCAUGGAUCCUGACCAGACUGCGCAGAUGCGCAGGCUGGUCUGGAUCCAUGCUGGUCGCAAAGCCACUAUGUUGGUUUUCCCAUGGCAUGGCUCAUAUAUAGAUAAAGUUCAGCAACAUAUUAAACAGUUAUUAUAUGAUGAUGCAUGUAUGGACUGGACCAAGGUGAUAUACACUUAGGCAGAUAGGAUUAAAUUACAUCUACACAAAAGAAAUUAGUGCUAGAUAGUUCAUAAGAAAUGUUAAUCUACUCAGGGUGUACUAACCACUAGUAUUUGUCUAGGAAUUGAAGUGUAUACUAAUAUGUUUAAAAUGUUAAAAACCAGGGGCCCAUUUCAAGAAGCCUACUUGGGAGAAAGAUUAGACAUAGGGGGAAGGUGUUUUGUGAAAACCAUUUUAAGUAAAUUUAUUUUAAUUAUUUGGCUAUUCUUAGAAUACGAGCCAAACAACAAGAAAGAUUUGUACUAAAAUUGAAUUAACAACACAUUUUUAAAAAGAUACAAGUUAUAUAUCCUAUGAAAUAAAUGUCCUUUUUUGAAGUUUUUUAGAGUUUGUGAACACUAUUGUAAUGUAAAUUUUUACUAUCACACCGAAGGCAUUGAGUAAGACUCAUGUCUGUUACAGAUUUGUUUAGUGUAUAGAUAAUUUGUAAAUAUAAACGUUUCAUUUAUAUAUCCUUGUACAUAUAUUGAAUAGAAUAAAAAUAGAAUGUGAAAAA